AUGAGAGAGAAAACGACAAACUGGCUGCUGCUGUGUCAGGGACGCAUGAGCUGGGGUGUUCGAUGCAUUUCUUUGUGUUUUAAUUGUUUGCUUCUUAUUUUCUUAGAUUAUGGUUUGAAUUCAGUGUCAUCCAGCUUAACACUGGACGAUCUCUUUCGAAAAGAGUUGACAGUGCAUGACCCUGAGGCAAAAUGGAUAAAUGAUGAAGAAAUUGUAUACAGAGACAGAGAUGGCAAUGUCAUGAAACACAAUGUUCACAGCAACCAGACGGGGAUUGUUUUGAAAAACACCACUUUUUCCAUGUUUAAGGCUUCUACCUUUGCGGUUUCUCCUGAUCAGAAUUUUGUUCUUCUGGGGUACAGUGUGAAACAGGUUUACAAGUACUCCUUUACAGCUUCAUAUUCAGUAUAUGACCUGCAUACUAGGGAGAUUGUGCCUCUGAACCCUCCUGAGGUACCAGAUUCAGCGUUACAGUAUGCGUCCUGGGGAAUUCAAAAGCAACAGCUGGUUUAUAUUUUUGAAAAUAACAUUUACUACCAGCGUGACAGACAGAGCAAUUCCCUGAGGCUCACAUCAUCAGGAAGAGAAGGAGUUGUUUUCAAUGGGAUUGCAGACUGGCUGUAUGAAGUGGAGCUGCUGCAGUCACACGUUGCCCACUGGUGGUCCCCAGACGGAGAAAAGCUGGCAUUCCUGAUGAUUAAUGACUCCCUGGUUCCAAACAUGGCCCUUCCUCGCUUAACAGGCAGUCUGUACCCCAGAGGACAGCAAUAUCCCUAUCCUAAGGCAGGCCAGGUGAACCCUACAGUAAAACUCUAUGUGGUAAACGUUAAUGUGGUGACACAAACAGUGGAGAUGGUGCCUCCCAGCAGCUUUCGAAAAAGUGAUUACUAUAUCUCUAUGGUGAAAUGGACCGACAACUACAGUAUAUCAGUGAGGUGGCUGAACAGACCGCAGAAUACAUCUAUUCUUACUGUCUGUGAGGCUUCCAGUGGGGAAUGUGUCAAGAAACAUGUGAUGACAUCGGAUAUUUGGCUUGACAGACAGAAUGAACAGCCAGUGUUUUCAAAGGAUGGAAGUAAAUUCUUCUUGACAAUACCAAUAAAGCAUGGAGCGAGAGGAGACUUUCAUCAUAUUGCAAUGUUUUCUGAUCAGUCAAGAAGUGAGGAGAUAACCAUUCGGCACCUCACGUCUGGAAACUGGGAAGUUACUGAAAUCCUGGCCUUUGACGAGACUCAGAAGAUUGUUUACUUUCUCAGUACAGAGGACAGUUCAGCUCAGAGACAGUUAUACAGGGUGUCAGUGGAAGAGCCUUUUAAUCGCCGAUGCCUCACUUGCGGUUUAUAUAAUGGAACUUGUACAUUCGUCAGUGCUGAAUUCAGUCCAACAAUGCAGAGUGCCAUCCUAAAUUGUAAAGGUCCAGACAUUCCUAAGGUCAGUGUUCACUGGCUCAAUAACUUGGGUGGUUUUCACAUUUUGGAAAGUAACACAGAAAUAAGAGAAUUUAUGAGUGGGAAAAAAACACUGGAGAAAGAAGUCAGAAUUUUACAAGUGAACAACCAUGAACUCCCCAUGGAACUGACCUUACCAGCAGGCUUCAGUGAAAAGAACUUACACCCUCUUCUGUUGAUUGUUGACGGUGCUCCUGGCAGUCAGUCUGUAAAUGACAAGUUUCUCCUGGACUGGGACUCGGUGCUCGUCAGCUCUGAUGGUGUGAUAGUGGCUCGAUUUGAUGGCAGAGGCAGUGGAUUUCAGGGACAGAAGAUUCUGCAGCAGGUUCAUCAGCGCUUAGGAACCCUUGAAGUACAGGAUCAAAAAGCAGCUAUAGAGGCUUUAAUAAAGCUGCCCUACAUAGACCAGAGAAGAAUUGGAGUUUUUGGGAAGGCGUACGGAGGCUUCCUGACAUCUCUGCUGCUUCUUUCUUAUGACACAAUUUUCAGAUGUGGGGUAGCAGUAGCUCCUGUGACUGACUGGCGAUUAUAUGCUUCUGCAUUCACAGAACGAUACCUUGGGUUUCCUUCAGAGAAUGGCCGUAUAUAUCAAGCUUGUGGUAUUCUGCAUAAUAUGACGGGAUCAACGCAUCACAAAUUCCUUAUUAUACAUGGAACUGCUGAUUCAAAUGUUCAUUUCCAGCACACAGCUGAACUGGUGAAACGUUUAGCACAAUCUAAUGUAAACUACAUGUUAAAGAUAUAUCCUGACGAAGGGCAUGACAUUACUUCAUCAAAGAGCAGAUAUUACCACUACAGAACAGUGAUGACGUUUUUCAGGGAAUGUUUUUAUGAAGACUCCCAAAUAAUACCUGAACAGGAAGACGAUGACUAGUGUAGGAUUGCCACUUCCGGAAAGUGUGAAAAGUGUGAAUCGAGAGAAGACUUGGUAAAUAAGAACUUUAAAAUGAUGAUCAGUUGUAUCUCAUGAUACAGUAGGCCCUGAACAUGUAUCUACACAGACAAUAUGCAUUACUUUCAUGCAUCUGUCUGCACAUGUACUGUAUAUUAAACUUUAUAGAAGCAAAAGUAGAAUUACAAGUUUAGGCAGUUCUGAGUUGUUUAAAUGGCCAGACCUACCAAUUUUGUUAUCCCUAUAAAUCCAGAAUUAAUUAUUUCCUUUAAAAAUACACUGUAUUUCAUUCUUUGUUAUAUGUUAAUUGCAGAAGAUGGCUGAUGAAGGUGGGUAUUUUGUUUGUAUAAAUGUUUUUUUUUCCGAAAAAUAAAUUUUGGUUGUUAAUGUUUAUCUUAAUCCUAAUAUCAGUAUAUAUUGGUUGUACAGUAAUUUAUGAAAUAUUUCUUUGCUGUGCUUUUAUCCAGUCCUCACAAAAUAUUUUUAAGAAAUUUGACAAUUUGAAAAUAAUAAAAUUACUGAGUUUUUUUAUCAGGUCUGAAAGUUUUGGUUAUAUUAGAACAUUUAUUUUAAAACAUGUAUAAUAUUUACAGUAUUAAGGACAUCAUCUAGAUUAUAACAACCUAUAAUAAUCCUAAUAUUCAUAAUCUUGCCUGUAGCAUUUUUAUUUAUACUUGGAAAUUAAAAUGAUUUUGGUUGAAUCACAAACUCAGGAAGUUGUACAGAAAUUUCAAGACAGCAAUAAAAAAUAGUUUGCUGUCUGUCUUUUACAGAGCAAAAGCAUAUUUCUAUAAAACAAAUUCUGUAAUAUUUCACUUUUUUUCAUCUACGUGUACAGUAUACAGUUGUUUCAACACCUUAUCAAUAACAUUCUAAUUUCUUUCUUCAAACAACAGCUUGCCUCAUGAAGUCCUCUCUCUAUGGGGUUCCACUGCAGAAUACAAACGAGACUACUGAAAGUAAAAUUCAGUUUUUAAUAAAAUAUUUAAUCUAUUCCAAGCUGAAGUUUGUCAAAUUUAUAGAUGCUGAAGAAUAUUUUCGCAUUGCCUUAAACAUCAGUACGUAAAACCAAAUUAAGCAAUAAACAAUUAUUAAUUAUCUAAAAAUGAAAUAACUACAAUACGAUCAGAUACUGUACAUACAAGGAUAUCUGAUGAACUAUAUAUCACAUAUACAGUAUACUGUAUAUUAAUCAGUCUUCAUAAUGCACAUCUUCAAUGAAAAGGAGAUCUAAUUUACUCAGGUUUCCUUCACUAUAUAUCAUAUUUUGUAGUGUAUUUUCAGAUAUUGCAUUCAUUUUUCAGAAGAUUGCUUAUGAGUGCUGAUCUCAAAGGACAUGAAUAAUUUUGGGCCAGUCUUCUUGGAUAGGCAGUUUGUAGUCACUGGUCUUAGUGAUUGUUGUCUACUGGAAGAAGAGAGGUCCCAUUUGAUUGUCCAAAACUCUCCAGCACCACAAAUUUAACAAAAGUACAAUAAAUGAAAGUGAUUAUAAAACCUUUGAAGUCUUUCAGGUAAGGCUGUUUGAAGUCAGGCUAAUGACUCGGUAUGUCUCAGCGGGUACUACACUUUGGAAACUUCCAGCAGCUGAAUAUUGCUGCAAGUGAGCGUAUAUUGUUCUGUGUGCUUCAAUUCAUAGAAUUAUUAAUGCAUUAUUUUUUUUCAAAGCCCCCUAUAUAAACUGCUGCUUCUUAUUCAUACAUUUGAGCUAUGUUAAAUAAAAUGUAUCGUUAUAAUUACUUUAGGACCUGCCAGCCCUAGUCCCAUCUGUAUUACACAAGCAAUAAGGACAUCCAAGAAUUAGAUGUGUUUUUUAUAUUUAUUGAGUAUUUACUGUAGGUGUAAUGAGGUACAGCAACACAAGAGGUGAUGGGGUAGAGGGGGGAUGCAUGAGACAAAAUGCAAAAAGAGAGGGAUUUGUGUAUGAUCUACUGUACCUGUAUAUAGUUCUGGAGAAAUUACAUUGCGGAUGAUUAUGAUUUAGAACAGCUGUGGCUUCUGUAUCAUACCUCCCAUGCUUCAGUUGAGAGUUUCCAUUUGCUGAAGCCUAUGAGUUCAAAUUGAACUACUCUGCCUCAACCAUUCGACAAAGUAUGACUUGAUCAACUCAUCACAUUCAAAGCAAUUGUGAUGUUUGAGUUUUAGCACUUUCCUGGAUAAUUCCUGGCCAUCUAUACUGUAUCUCUGUUCUUAAUCUUAAAAAAAAGAUCUGUUAGGAUCUGAGCCCAAAGCAGCAAUAGAAAUCUAGAUUUGGGGGAAAAGAAUGUGUGUCAUUCACAUCACUUUGAAGUCCCUACCAACGGCUGAUGGAAUGAAGGCAUUAGUGGGGAGUCAAUUUAAGAGCCUCGGCUGGCUAGCACAGAUAAAGACCUUCUUGAAUCAGUGUUUCUCAUUUGUCCUUGGGAGAGCAGCUUUAAAAACCCAGGGAUAGCAAAUUUCAUCCAUAAAUGACAGGGGGCACAUAAUGGUCUCUUCACCAGAGACUCAGACUACCUCCAUGAAGGAAAUACUCACUAAGUGAUUCUAAACCUGUAACAGAAAUAUCCAGUGGGUCUGUUGUCAUUUAAAAACCAUUACUCCACAGAAUAAUAAAAAAAACUUUGUGUAUUUUAUAUGAGAUUGCA